UAUCGAAUAUAAAUAGCAAGAAAACUGAAAUAUCCUUUAAAUUUUUCAAAUAUGCCAUUAAAUUGAUUCACUAGUAUUAAUUUUAUAAAACUUUGAACAAUUUUAUUGUAUCAAUUUAAGUUGGAAAUUUUAUAGAUUAUCAAACACAUAUAUUAAUUGAAAUUUCGCAAUAAUUACCCCUCAAUUUAUUACAUAGUAAAUAAAGUUAAUCAAUUGCAUUCAAAUUUUAAAUAAAAAUGGCCAUUGCAGAAGCUCUAACUCAACCAGUUAAAGAUCAAUUAGAUAAAAUAGUUAAAACAGGUGGUAGUGAAGCUUCAUCUCCAAAGAAAGGUGGUAUCGAAUUAUUUUCUCCACAAUAUUAUGCAGCUUGUACAUUUGGUGGGAUCAUCGCUUGUGGACCAACCCAUUCCGCUGUAACUCCAUUAGAUUUAGUUAAAUGUCGUAGACAAGUCAAUCCACAUUUAUACAAAUCUAAUGUUCAAGGUUGGUCAACUAUUUUAAAAACUCAAGGUGAUUCAAUUUUUACAGGUCUUGGUGCAACAUUUAUUGGUUAUUCAUUGCAAGGGGCUGGUAAAUAUGGAUUUUAUGAAUUCUUUAAAAAGACUUAUUCAGAUUUAGUUGGUCCAACUAAUGCUAAGAAGUAUAAUACUGGGGUAUUUUUAGCUGCCUCUGCUAGUGCUGAAUUCUUAGCUGAUAUUUUCUUAUGUCCAUUUGAAACUAUAAAAGUUAGAACUCAAACAAGUAUUCCACCUUAUGCCAAAACUGUUUUCCAAGGUUGGUCAAAAGUUGUAGCUACUGAAGGAUUUGGAGGUUUUUAUAAUGGGUUAGUUCCUUUAUGGGCUAGACAAAUUCCAUAUACUAUGGUUAAAUUUGCUUCAUUUGAAAAAACUGUAGAAGCUAUAUAUAAAUACUUGGGUAAACCUGUAAGUUCAUAUUCUCCAAUACAACAAACUGGAGUAUCAUUCUUAGGUGGUUAUAUUGCUGGUAUAUUCUGUGCUAUAGUUUCUCAUCCUGCUGAUGUUAUGGUUUCUAAAAUUAAUUCAGAUAAGAAAGCUACUGAAUCAGUUGGACAAGCCUUAGGAAGAAUAUAUGGUGAAAUCGGAUUUAAAGGGGUUUGGAAUGGUUUACCUGUUAGAAUUUUAAUGAUUGGUACAUUAACUGGAUUCCAAUGGUUAAUUUAUGAUUCCUUUAAAGUUUAUGUUGGAUUACCAACUACUGGUCAUUAGUCUAAAUUGAUAAAUCUCAACAUUUAAUGACAUCUGUAUUUGCAUAUAUCAACUGUUUUAUACUACUUCUUCUAUAUAUGGAAAUUUUUAUUUUGCUACAUCUUUAAUAUUUUGAUAAAUUUAUGACGAAUCAUUCUUUAAAGCU